AUGGCUACCAGUUUAAAAUUUGUGUUAUUUCAAUAUUUAAUGGUUGUGUACAUGUUCUACAACCCCACGAAUAGCGGAGCAGUUCAGCUAAACAGUGAAAAUAUCGACAUGACCCUCGCGUCUAACGAAUUAGUUUUGAUCAACUUCUAUGCUGAUUGGUGCCGAUUCAGUAACAUACUACAGCCCAUCUUCGAUGAGGCAGCUGAAAAGGUCCAGGCAGCAUUCCCUGAAUCGGGGAAGGUUGUAAUGGGUAAAGUGGAUUGCGAUCGUGAAUCCUCCGUGGCGUCACGUUUCCACAUAACCAAAUAUCCGACGCUAAAGGUGCUGCGCAACGGACAGCCGACCAAGCGCGAAUAUCGUGGAGCGCGCACCGUCGAGGCGUUCACAGAGUUUAUUCGCAAGCAGCUAGAAGAUCCGAUACGGGAGUUCCAGAACAUAAAGGACUUGGAGCAGCUUGAUUCGAAGAAGCGCAUCGUGGUUGGAUAUUUCGAUCGCCGUGACAUGCCCGAGUACAACACGUUUCGACGGGUCGCAACGAACCUGAAGGAAGAUUGUCAAUUCCAUGUUGGGUUCGGAGAUGUAGUACAGGCAUUGCAUCCUCCAGGCCACCCCAUCAUUGUGUUCCGGCCAGAUGUCGCCAUGUCGAACGAGAACGACGAAACGUAUAUGGGCGAUUUGCGCAGUUUUGACGAGCUUAACAUCUGGGUACAGGAGAAGUGUGUACCGUUGGUUCGUGAAAUCACGUUCGAAAAUGCGGAAGAGUUGACCGAAGAAGGUCUGCCGUUCUUAAUACUGUUCUACGCACCGGGUGAUCUUGAAUCGAUCAAGGACUAUAAAGCUAUCGUGCAGUUGGAUCUUAUAUCUGAGAAACAAAAUGUAAACUUCCUGACCGCUGACGGUAAACGUUUUGCCCAUCCGCUACAUCAUCUCGGUAAAACACAGGCCGAUUUGCCAUUGAUUGCAAUAGACUCCUUCCGCCACAUGUACUUAUUCCCGAACUUUAAGGAUAUUUAUGUACCGGGAAAACUUAAGCAAUUCCUGAACGAUCUCUACAGUGGCAAACUACACCGUGAGUUCCAUUACGGCCCAGAAAAGGACACGGUGGCUGAUACGAACGCGAUCGACGAUGGCAAAAAGCCAACGACGCCGCCGGAAUCGACGUUCAAAAAGUUGGGACCUUCGAAAAAUCGAUACACUUUGCUGCGUGAUGAGCUUUAA